AUGAAAUUCUCAUCGAUCUUCACCACCGCGCUCACCGCAGCCGUCUCCCUCCUCUCCGUCACGAGCGUCUCCGCUGCUCCUGUUAAUGGCGGUGCAGAGUCAGAGCUCCUGGAGAAGCGCGCCCCGUCGCUGGUGUCGCACAUUAGCGGCAGCACGACGUUUUGGCGUGCGGUCACACGCGGGGAGCUGGCGCAUAUUGGGAACUACCCCAAGGGCAAAAGCCCGAAGGAUUAUUUGCAUGUUCCGGGUGACUUUGCGCAUGAUGGGGCGUUGUAUGUCUUCCACGACCUGAACGAGGCGAAGCAAUGGGGCGACUCGUUCUCGGGGGUGGCGCCGGACCCGAAGCAGCAGAUCUAUUACUUGGUCAAGUUCAGGUACACGCCGAAUAAGCAGCUGAGGACGAAGAGUUUCUUGACUGGGACGCCUGAAUGGAAAGCAUUCGUCGAUGCUAGCUACAGAGGCAAAGGCGCGCACUAUGAUAUCGUCGAGGGUCCCGUCUCUGUUGGUCACGGCGCUCGCAUGCAACCCGCCCUAAGCGCCAAUGGCAACAUGAUCUACCAAGCCGCCUUCGUCGGUAAAGCCGCACUGGGCACCCUGACUGUCGAGGAGGUCACCCAACACAAGUCGUCCAAGAAGAAGGACAGGUGGUGCCCUUCCUGCGUCGUCAUGUAA